AUGCGCCAGUGUCCUACUUAUACGAUGGGAAAUGCCUCUGAAACAUUUCUGCUGGUGUCCAGAAUAUCAAAAAAUAAUGACUUCCUCAUGGGAACUCUCUACACCAUUUUUGGUGUGCUGUCUAUAGCAGGGAAUGGGGUCCUGCUGUUCGUGGCCUAUAGAAAGAAGUCCUCUUUGAAGCCUGCAGAGUUCUUUGUGGUCAACCUGGCCAUCAGUGACCUGGGCAUGACCAUGAGCCUGUUCCCACUAGCUAUCCCAUCAGCCUACACCCACAUGUGGCUGUUUAAUAAGCCCACCUGCACUGUCUAUGCCUUCUGUGGCGUUUUGUUCGGCCUGUGCAGUUUGACCAACCUCACUGUGCUCUCCUGCGUCUGCUGGCUCAAAGUCUGCUGCCCAAACUAUGGUAACAAGUUUUCAUACUGCCAUGCCUGGCUGCUGGUUGCUGGGGUCUGGUGCUACGCUAGCGUUUUCGCAGUGGGUCCCCUGUCGGGCUGGGGAGAGUAUGGGGCAGAGCCUUAUGGUACGGCGUGUUGCAUCAACUGGCACGCGCCCAGCCAAAACUCUGCAGCUAUGAGCUACAUUAUCUGCCUCUUCUUCUUCUGCUACAUUGUGCCCUGCACUGUCAUCUUCCUGUCCUACAUGUUCAUCCUGAUGACUGUCCGAGGCUCCCGACAGGCUGUUCAGCAGCACAUGUCCCCACAGAACAAGAUCACCAAUGCACAUACACUCAUCGUUAAGCUUUCGGUGGCAGUUUGCAUCGGUUUCCUGACAGCAUGGAGCCCAUAUGCCAUCGUGUCCAUGUGGGCAGCUUUUGGAAAUCCUACAAAUGUACCACCCAUGGCUUUUGCUCUGGCAGCUAUCUUUGCAAAGUCAUCCACCCUUUACAACCCUAUAGUCUAUCUGGUCUUCAAACCCAACUUCCGCAAGUCCCUGUGCCGGGAUGUGGCCCUGUGCAGGAAGUCAAUGUGUGGAUGUCUGUGUCUUCACAGCUCAACACAGAAAGGAACUUGCAUGCAAGCACAAUCCAAAGAGUGCAACUCUACAAGGUCGUCAAAUGGACUACCUGAGAACCACAGGAACUGCAGACACUGUCCUUGUCCUGAGACAGUCAGACAAAACUUUACAGACUACAGCCCCCAGCAGACUGCCAGAAUACUCAAAGGAUCUGUACACAGUGAAGUGGCUGUGAGUCAGCUCUCCAAUGAGAUGCAGAGCGAUUUCCUCUAAAGACGCAAAUACAGCAAGAUGGGGAAAGGUGAAAAAAAAGAAGAGUGAUACAGACAAAGACAGCGAGAAUGAAGGAUGAACAACACUAAUGGAAAGUUUGGGGAAAGAGGAAAGAAAAUAUUAAGAUUAAUGGAAGGAGAAAAUGUUUCAAGGUUGAAGGUUCAAGUUUGAAAACAAGGAACUACUCUCAUGCCUCAAAUAUGUGAUACUGCCAAAAUAGAAAAAAGACCACAAAGUAAGAAGCCAAUACAGGAGGAUAAGCAAGCCAAACAUGCAGCCAUGGAUGUGAACCAUAAUAUUUCAUCAGGUGAAAUUAACCUGCGUCAACUAUCUGAUCACUGAUCAAUAUUAGCAAAGCAGGACAGAGAACACACAGCGUCUCAAUGCAAAUCAAUUCAAGCUGGAUUUGGAGGGAGGAGCUGAUACAAGACUUUCUACUCGCUAAACUACCUUUUAUGUAUUUAUUAAAAGUACU